AUGGCGAAGACAAAAGUUGUUGUAACGCGUCAAUUAAUUGACGAAGCACAAAGAAUACUCGAUGUGAAGAAAGAGGACUUGGAAGUUGUGCAAUGGCAAUCCGAAAAGCCAUGCCCACGCUCCUGGUUGCUUGAGAACGCCAAAGGUGCAAGUGGCAUCCUAGUUAUGCUCACAGACAAAGUCGACGAAGAGCUUUUGGAAGCUGCUGGAUCUCAACUCAAGGCCAUCGCUUCGUUUUCGGUCGGUACUGAUCAUGUUGACCGAAACGCGCUCAAGAAGCGCAAUGUACGCCUCGGCUACACACCAACAUGUCUCACCGAUGCCGUGGCAGAUCUCACGGUCAUGCUCAUCCUCAUGGCCCAGAGAAGAGUUGGAGAAUCCAUGACAAAGGUCGCAAAGGGCGAAUGGCCCCAAAUGCCGUGGCAUCCUCUGCUCAUGACUGGUCCACAAAUCCGUGGAUCGACAAUUGGUUUCUUGGGCUUUGGUCGGAUUGCGCAAGCUUCGCUGCAAAGACUACUUCCGUUCGGCAUCAAAAAAGUUAUCUACCUUACGUCCAAACCUGGAAAACCUGUAAAGGAAGACCACUUUGGCCUAAUCACAAAUGCUACUAUCCCUAUUGAGCCAGCGGGCAGCAUAGACCAACUCGCAAAAGAGAGCGACGUAGUCGUCGUCGGAUGUGCGCUCACACCAGACACGAAACACCUCGUAAGCACAGACUUCUUUGCGAAGAUGAAGAAGCUAGCUGUCAUCGUCAACAUCGCACGAGGCCCCAUCAUCGACACCGACGCCUUGGUAAAAGCGCUAGAUCAGGAGCAAAUAUUCGGUGCCGGUCUGGAUGUUAUUGAGAAUGAACCGAACAUCGAAGCUGAUCACCCGAUCCUGAAGCAGCCGCGAGCUGUACUUGUGCCGCACAUUGGGAGCGCAACGAUUGAGACAAGGGAACAAAUGGCUACUGAAAGUGUCAAGAACUUGCUCGCAGGGUUAACAGGAGAGCAAAUGAUUAACGAGCUAGAGUUAUAG